AUGAAACGAAGGAUUCUAGAUGCUGCGCCUCCUUCCCCUCGUCAUAGGAUGACGAAACGCUCUCGUAACGCGUUCACCGCCAAGGAGAAAUUGCACUGGCUGGCCAUGUUGGAGUCACAGCCUGACCUCAGCAUCCGUGGCUUGGCGAAGCUCGCCAAGGUGCAGCCCAAGCAAAUCCGCGAGUGGAGGCGACUCAAGGAGCGUCUCGAGGAGGAUGUGCUGGACAAGGGGGAGGACGGGGUGAACCCCAACCCGUUCUACGAAGACCCCUCGCACGCCCCUGAGCCCGCCGCUACCAAGGACGAUGAGGCAGAGGACGAGGAGGAAGGGCUUGCAGGGGAGGAGGAUGUGGUGGAUGCUGCUGCCGAGGAAGGGGAUGUGAUGGCUCCGGAGGAGGAGGGGGAUGAGGCAGAUGCAGAGAUGGGAGGUGCGGACGAGUGGAGUGAGGAUGGAGACGACUGGUGGGCAGCAGGCCGCUAUGAGGGAGAGGAAGUGGAGGAGUGGGUUGCAGGCGAGGAUGAGAGACUAUUUUUAUGCGCUGACUCCUUUGCGCGCUGGCGCUGGCGCAUGGCGCCGUGGGCGCUGGCGCUGGCGUGGCGCAUUUUGGCGCCGUGGGCGCUGGCGCUGGCGCCUUUGCGCGCUGGUGCUUGCGCGUUUGGGCGCUGGCGCUGGCGCCUUUGCGCGCUGGCGCUGGUGCAUGGCGCCGUGGGCGCUGGUGCUGGCGCUGGCGCCUUUGCGCGCUGGUGCUUGCGCGUUUGGGUGCUGGCGCUGGCGCCUUUGCGCGCUGGCGCUGGCGCCUUUGCGCGCUGGCGCUGGCGCCUUUGCGCGCUGGCGCUGGCGCCUUUGCGCGCUGGCGUUGGCGCCUUUGCACGCUGGCGCUGGCGCAUGGCGCCGUGGGCACUGGCGCUUUUGCGCGCUGGCGUCGUGGGCGCUGUCGUCGUCUGCACUGGCAGCGUAGGCGAUGACGCUGUGGGCGCUUAG